AUGAGAAGGCUAGAAUUCUUUGGUUACGUGUUUGGUGAAUUUGGUAUGUCAGCAGACCCUAGAAAAGUAGAGACAAUCAAAAAUGAUGAAGAUAAGCUUACAGAAUGGGGAACAAAAGCAUAUAAACAAAUUCUGAAACCAAAGCCAGUAAGUAAAGAUUCAAGUGAAUCAGACAUUAUCUGCAAGCUGAUCAAUUUCUCUGGUGCACCCGUAAAACUGCCACCAAAAAGAUCAAAGAAACAAACAGAAAAGGCUCUCCUUAGCAAAGAACAAGAGGAUGAGUUGGAGCAGCCAAAAGCAAAGAAAUCUAAAACCAACUUCCAUGUACAACGUAAGCUUUUAACUGAGUUACAGAGUCAGUUUAAAAGAGAUGAUCAACCCAGUAACGAAAAGACUAGAGGGCAUACACAAGGGACAACAGCUGUCGGGCAAACACCAGAUACCAGGAAGGCUGGCGGGCCAAAACAACAAGAGACAGGAAUAGCUGCCGGGCAAAUACCAGAUAACAAAAAGGAUAGCGGGCCGAAACAACAAAGGAAUGGAAUAGCUGCUGGACAAACACUAGAUACCAAAAAGGAUGACGGGUCGGAACAACAAGAGACUGGAAUAGCUGCCGGGAAAACACCAGAUAACAAAAAGGAUGGUGGGCCGAAACAACAAAGGAAUGGAAUAGCUGCCGGACAAACACUAGAUACCAAAAAGGAUGACGGGUCGGAACAACAAGAGGCUGGAAUAGCUGCCGGGCAAACACCAGAUACCAAAAAGGAUGGCAACCCGGAACAACAAAGGAAUGGAAUAGCUGCUGGACAAACAUCAGAUACCAAAAAGGAUGGCGGGCUGAAACAACAAGAGACUGGAAUAGCUGCCGGACAAACACCAGAUACCAAAAAGGAUGGCGGGCUGUCACAACAAGAGACUGGAAUAGCUGCAACAGAUGUCCACUAUGGACAUUCCUUUUGGCAUACUGGAGUUGACCAAAGUGAUUGAUCACAAAACACAUUUGGCACACCACUGACAGAGACAUGGGCCCUAUGCUCCAACUCAAAGGACCAGACAGGAAAUGCUAGGAGGAAUGAGCUCCCAGUCCCACCUCAGGAGGUGAUACAGUUCUUUCGGGCAAUGAGACGGCCACACGUGAAGGCAUACAUGGACUCUUUGCAGUACUAUGAUAAUGUGGAUAACCCUGACCAAUUCAGAAUGUCUGGUUUUGGAUUUAUGGCUGAGCCACUGGCAAGACCAACCUUCCAUACAUUACAGUCUGGCGUCUCAAGGUGGAGUUAAUCCAGGAGGAUCUUUUAGUGGAAUGCACACAGACAUGUCUCUUCCUACUAUGGAAAGCUUAGAAAACAGUGUAACACCAAGAAGAUCACCAAGAAAGCACUUCAACACACCUCAGUGAUAAUAAACGCCCCAUCCACCAAAACCAGCCAACAUGCAGUCUGAUUCUAAUCCAGACAAGCUCACAUACACACCUGUUUCGACUACUGAUAGCCUAGGAAACAGUGUAACACCAAGAAGAUCACCAAGAAAGGUUGGUACUGAUGCUGAUCCUGAAAAUUUGUUUGUUUUGGGUUUAAUGCCAUUUUUUAACAGUAUUUCAGUUGUGCAAUGGCAGGCAAUUAACCUUAACCUCUGGUGUUCCUGGACUCUGUACCAGUACAAACCUGUUCUCCACAAGUAAACUGCCAACUUCCCCACAUGAAUAAGAGGUGGAGGACUAAUAAUUUCAUGCACAAUGUCAUUUAUAAAAUAGUAACAGAGAACAUAUGCCCUGCCUGAGGAUAGAACUCACGACCCAGCGAUCCAUAGACCGACGUUCUACCUACUGAGUUAAAUGGAAAGCCUGAUCCUGAAAAUGUUUGGAUCAUAAUCAAUCAUUUGUUAGUAACUCUAAAUUUUUCAUCAGUGUCGUGUGCAAACUUAGAGCAGCAUUUAUCCAAAUAACUGAUAAGUGUGAACGCUUCACAUGAAUUUACCCAAUUUCUUUACAUAAUCCAGACCUCUGGCAGACCAGUUACUAGUUUUCAUGCGAAUCAGAUUUCUUGGACAUUAAAAAGAAAUUAGUAUAACUAAGUCACAUUCAUUCAUAAUUGUCAUUUUUACAAACAUUUUAAUUUCAGCACUUCAACACACCUCAGGGAUCAGAAGACCAUGUUACGCCCCGUCCGCAAAAACCAGCAAACAUGCAGUCUGAUUCUAAUCCAGACAAGGUAAGUCUUAACAAAUAAUAUACAUUGGUUGUUCUGGCAAUUGUCAAUAGCUGUUUUUACAAAACAGGCUUCCGUAUGGCAAAAUGAUUAUGUGAUAUUUAAAUAAAUCAAUUUAAAAAAACACUACUAUUAUGUCUACAGCUAGUCAUCUAAAGUACUAUAUUGCUUAUGAUUACUAAUUUAUUCAUUGAAAUGUGAAUGUUAGAAAGCUUGAACUGAUAUAUCAUAUGUAGAUCAUGCUUUUAUCGAUAUAUAUAUAUAUAUUUACACCAAUGUUUGUACUUGGAUAAGGCUCCUGCCUGAAAAAGACUUAGUUUGGGUGACCCGGCAGCAACUACGGAAGGCAACAACAGCAGCUGCCAAGAAGAAAGAUAACGCAGGUUACGUAUUAAGGAGGUAGGUUACCUUGUUACAAGGGUAAAUUCAAAUUUGUUGAACCGCAGCAUCUUCUUGUAUUUUGUGUAAUAUGAUGUUUUAACUGCUACAAUCUCAAUUUCGUUUGUCUCUGUCCCUUCGAGUUCAAUUUUUAUCCAGGUUUGAAGAA